AUGGCUAAAUUGUCAUUAACUAUUAACAAUGUUGAUGAUAAUUUAAAGCGCAAGAUUAAGAAGGCAAAAUUUGAGGGUGUUGAGGAUCUGAAACUUAAAAAUAGAAAGCUUACCAUUUCGUAUAAUCCUAAGGUUGUGGAUUCUUAUGGUGUAAUUGAACGUAUAAAACAUUUAGAUAUUAAUGGUGACAUUUUAAAGGAUGAUACUGAUAUAAGUAGUAAAAAAGGAAGUAGUUUUAUUUUUUCAAUGUAUAAGGAAGAAAUAGAAGACGAAAAUGUUGUUAAGAAGACGAAUAUAUUUGAUAAUAAUGAGAAUAUGCAAAAUAUACAUAAUAAUAUCGAUAAUAAUAAUAAUAAUAAUUUAUAUGGUGUAAAUGAUAGAUAUAAUUACGAUAAAAUUAUUUAUAAUGAUAAUAAUGAAGAUAACAAUUUUGAUCAGGUAUACGAUAUAAAUAAUAGGGUUAAUAAUUAUUCUUAUCCAAAUGGUGAAGAUCUCUAUGAACAACUUGAUAAUGCCUAUGAAAAUAAAAAUUAUGAAGAGAAUUAUCAAAAUUAUGAAAUGAGUUCUCAAAAUUAUAAAGAGAAUUAUCAAAAUUAUAAAGUGAGUUCACAAAAUUAUAAAGAUAAUUAUCAAAAUUAUAAAGAGAAUUAUCAAAAUUAUAAAGAUAAUUAUCAAAAUAAUGAUGAGAAUUAUAAACCUUAUGGGGAGGAUUAUCAAAAUUGUAAUGUGUCUGAAAAAAAUGAAAAUAUAAAUUCAAAUUAUAAUAGCACAAAUAAUAAAGGAGAAUUAUAUGAUAUCAAUUAUUAUCCUAAUCAAGUCGAAAAGGUUGAAGAAUCAGAAGGUGUAGAAGAAAAUAGGAAAAGUAGUAAAUUUAGCGUUUUAAAUUUAUUUAAUAAUAUUAAAAAAGCAAAGGAUAAGAAAAAAAUGAAGAAGGAACUGAAAAAAGAUUAUUUAAAUGAAGAUUAUAAUAAUUUAGAUAAGAGUAUUUUAUUAUCUAAUGAUACGUAUAAGGAUGUCGAGAAUAAAAAUUAUAAUAAUAGUAAUGAUAUUUAUAAUAGUAAUAAUAAUUAUUAUUAUGAUUAUAAUGAAGAUAAGUUGAAGAAAAAGAAUUUCAAUUUCAGAGACUAUGAAAGUUAUAGAGAUAAACAAAAUAUUUACAUUUGUGAAUUAAAAAUUUAUAAUAUGACUUGUGAUAAUUGUGGAAAGAAAAUUAUAAACUUCUUAAAAGAUAAGAAAUUAAUUUUAGAAGGAAAUAGUUAUGCUACAGAAAAUAAAAUAAAAUUAAAAAUAGAUAUAUCAUCUGAUAUUAUAUCCUGUAAUAAUAAUGUAAAAAUGUUUGUUAAUACAAUUAUGAAUGAAAUAAAAGAAAGUGGAUUUAAUAAUGAUUUAUUAGAUCUUUAUAAAGAUGAUAAGAAUCGUUGUAAUUUAUCUGAAAUAACAUUAUAUAUAUAUAGAGAUGAUAUAAUAAAAUCAUAUAAGUUAUUAAAAGAUAUUAAAGGUAUUAGUAAUGUAGAAUAUGAUUUAAAGAAAGAAUAUAUUUACUUUUUAUAUGACCCUGAACUUGUUGGAAUACGUUAUAUUUUAGAAAUUUUAAAAAAAAAAAAAAAUGUUGAUGCUUAUUAUGAUGAAGAUAAAGAAAAAUAUUUUAGAAGUAGUCAAAAUAAUGAAACAAAUAAUACCUGGAAAUUAAUCGAAUUGUCUAUUUGUAUUUUUAUAAGUAUUAUCAUUAUUGUUUUGAAUAAUUACCAAAUGAAUAUGGGAUCUAUGAAUAGUUUUUAUUCUUAUACAAAAAAUAAUUUCAAUAAUAGUAAUAAAAUUCAUAAGGAUAAUAUCAAGCAUCCUUCUGUUUAUAACAAUAUAGGAAAAGGUACUAUUGUUGAUCAACCAACAUUAGAUAUAUAUUUUGAAAAGGUAAAAAAUCAAGAGAUGUUAAAUGAAUAUAUUAAUAGAAAUAGUCGUCGUGAUGGGAAGGGAACAUUUUUUAUUAAUUCAAAUUUUAAAUUUAAUAAGAAAAAUAAGGAUUCUGAUGUAAAUAGAAAAUUAGUAAAUGAUAAUAUAAAGAAAGGGCAAAUUUUAAGUGAUAAAGAAAAUCAGAGUAUGGAAUAUAAUAAUACUGUCAAUAUGGUAAUUGAACGGGUAAAUACAAGUCAUUAUAAUAACCAAAAAGGUCAUAAGGACUAUCCAUUAGAUAAUGGGAAUAAUGUGUCUAAAUAUAUAGAACAUAGAAAUUCAGAUAAUAUGAGAAAGAAUUAUUUAUUGAAUGAAAAAGAUGAUGAUGAUGAUAAUAAUAAUAACGAACAAAAUCUUAAUAAUAAUAAUGGCUACAAUAAGGAUGAUAAUUAUGAUGAGGAACAUUAUGAUCUUAUCCCCAUUGAUGAUUUCAAAAAAAAAAACGAUAUAUCAGAAAAACAACCAGAUAAUAAAAAAGGUGAUAAUACAAAAAAUACAUAUUCUCGUUUUAGGAAACAUGAUAAUACUAAUAUAAAGAACAAUAAUAAUAAAAAUGACUCCGAUGAAAAUAAAGAAGAUAAUAAUAUAGAUGGCAUAUAUAUUCUUAAACAAAAGGAUAAUAAAAGAAAAAUUAUUAAAGGUGAAGAGGAAAAUAAAGAUAAUUUUAUAUUGAAAGGAGUAGAAAGGAAUGAUGAAAAGGUUGAAACUGAAAUGAGUGAUAAUUUUUCGAAUAAUGAGGAAAAGUCAGAUAAUAAAAAUUCAAAUGAAAAAAAUCAUAAGAAUUAUAAUUCUUUGAAAAAAAAAGAAAAGGAGCAUGACAGUUCAAAUGAUGAGGAUAAUGCAAAUGAUAAAUUUUUGAAAAAAAAGAAAAGAAAAGAGGAAAAUAAUGUAGAUUCAGAAAAUAUGGAAAGCGUUGGCAUAUUGAAGAAGAAGGAUGAGAAAGAUAUUGAAAAAACAAAUGACGCAAAUAAUAUUGGUGAUAUUGUUUUGAAGAAAAAGGAAAGGAAAGAGGAAAAUAAUGAAGAUGAAGAAAAUGUGGAAGGUGCUAGCUUAUUGAAGAAGAAAGAAAAUGAAGAUAAUGAAAACACAAAUGACGUAAAUAAUGUUGGUGAUAUUAUUUUGAAGAAAAAGGAAAAGAAAGAUGAUAUUAAGGAAAAUGAAGAAAAUAUGGAAAGUGCUAGCUUUUUGAAGAAGGAAAAGAAAGAUAAUGAAAAGACCAAUGUUGCAAAUAAUGUGGGUGAUAUUGUUUUUAAGAAAAAAGAAAGGAAGGAUGAUAAUAAGGAAAAUGGAGAAAAUAUGGAAGGUGCAAGCUUAUUGAAGAAGAAAGAAAAGAAAGAUGAUAAUAAGGAAAAUGGAGAAAAUAUGGAAGGCGCUAUAUUAUUGAAGAAGGAAAAGAAAGAUAAUAAUAAGGGAAAUGGGGAAAAUAUGGAAGGCGCUAGCUUAUUGAAGAAGAAGGAAAACAAAGAUAAUGAAAAUACAAAUGACGCAAAUAAUGUUGGUGAUAUUGUUUUGAAGAAAAAGGAAAGAAAGGAGGAAAAUAAUGAAGAUGAAGAAAAUAAGGAAGUCGCUAGCUUAAUGAAGAAGGAAAAUAAAGAUAAUGAAAAUACAAAUGACGCAAAUAAUAUUGGUGAUAUUGUUUUGAAGAAAAAGGAAAGGAAGGACGAAAAUAACGAAGAUGAAGAAAAUAAAGAUAAUGAAAAUAUGAAUGACGAAAAUAAUGAGAGUGAUCAUUUUUUGAAGAAAAAGGAAAGGAAGGACGAAAAUAACGAAGAUGAAGAAAAUAAAGAUAAUGAAAAUAUGAAUGACGAAAAUUAUGAGAGUGAUCAUUUUUUGAAGAAAAAGGAAGAGGAAUAUAAUAACAGUCCAAAUGAAAAAAAUGAAGAGAAUGAAAAUUUUCUAAAAAAAAAGGAAAAUGCUGAUAAUAAAAAUACAAAUAGCCAAGAUAAGCAAAAUGUUAUUUUGGUAAAAAACAAAAAAAAGAAGGAUGAUAAAAAUUCCAAGGAAGAAAAUGAUGAAAGUGAUAAUUUUCUGAAGAAGAAAGUAAAAACAGAAGAUAAAAAUACAAAUGAUCAAAAUAAGCAAGAUGAUAUUUUUUUAAAAAAUAAACAAAAUGAACAUGUCAAAAGUUCACAUGGUAAAGAUAACCAAAAUGAUGAUACAUUUUUGAAGAAAAAAAAAAUAAAAGAUGAGAAUGAUAAUUCUAAAGAGGGAGAAAAUGUUAGUGUGCUAAUGUUAUGUAAAAAAGAAGAUGGAAAUAAAGCCACAAAUAAAAAGUGUGAUACAAAUAAAUCAAAUGAUACCAUAGAUGAAGGAAACCUUCUGGUGAGUAAAGAAGGAGACGAUAAGGAUAAACACGACGAUAAACAUAGUAAGAAUGAAGAAAAUCAAAAUAACUCAUAUGACGAAACAGAAGAAGAUAAUUUUUUGAUUAAGAUGAAAACAGAAAAAGAUGAAAACAAUACGAAGGAUGAAAAAGAAAAUAUAGAUAUGAGGAAAAAUAAGAAUAUUGAAAUAAGCAAUGAAGAAAAUAAUGAUACAUAUAAAAAUGAAAAAAAUUUUAUGAAUAAAAAUAAUACUUAUAAUAAUUCACAUAAUAGUGAAGAAAAUGAAGAAUCUCAUUUUUCUUUUAAUACGUUAUUUUACAAAUUAGCUAAUUAUAGUAUUUAUUUAGAUAUGGACAAAAAAAUUGUUCAAAGUUCCUCAUUAAGAUUAUUUUUUAUUUUUGUAUUAAGUUCUUUUAUAUAUAUAUAUUAUGGAUUUAGUUUUGUCAUGAAUGGAUAUAAGAAUUUAAAGAAUAAUAUGAUUAAUAUGAAUGUUUUAAUUUCAAUUAGUUCCUCUUUUUCAUAUUUUUAUUCUUUAUUACUUUUAUUAUUUUGUUUAAUUUUUUCAAUUGAUAUAAAUGGUAUUCCUUUAUAUUUUGAUUCAUCAGCAUUGUUGAUCUGUAUUAUGAAAUUUGGGUGUGAAAUAGAAAACUUUCUAGUUAGUUUUUCCAAAAAAAAAAUGGAGGAUUUAUAUGAAAGUACGGCAAAAAAUGUAUAUGUAUUAGAGAAAAAAAAUAGAUAUAAUCAAGAGGAGGAAGGGAAAUUUAAUAGUAAUAUAAAAAUAAAAAGUAUGUCUAAUAUAAGUAAGGUAUUUGGGAAAGACAAUAAUAGCAAUAGUAUAAUAGCAAAUAAUCAAAUAAAUAGUAAUGAUAUUCUUCAAUCUGUAGGAAAAGAAAAUAUAAAAGUUGAUACUUUAAAAAGUAAUUUAUCCUUUUCAACUAGUUCCUUUUUUCUAUCAAACCAAUUUUUAUAUGAAGAUGAAGAAAUAAAUAAAAUUUUAUCAGAAGAUAUGGAUAUAAAUAUAAAUGAUUAUAAUAUAAAUAGUUACCCUGUUCAGUUUAUUCAAAAAAACGAUAUAUUAAUAUUUUAUGAAGGGGCAACAUUAUUAAUUGAUGGUAUAAAAAUUAAUAAAGGAAUUUCUUGUGUUGAUGAAAGUAUGAUAAGUGGUGAAAAAAAUGUUAUUAAAAAAUAUAAAGGAGACAAAGUAUAUGCAGGUUCAAAAUGUGUUGAAGGAGUAGUAAUAAUAUAUGUUAAGGAUAUAUCUAAAGGAAAUUAUAUUGAAUAUGUAAAAAAAACAUUAGAUGAAAUAAAUUGUAAGAAAACUAAUUUACAAUUAUAUGCAGAUAAAAUAGCUAGUAUUUUUAUACCUUUCAUAUUAAUAUUAUGUAUUGUUGUAUUUUUCAUUUGGUUUAUUUUAACAUUCUUUGAUAUAGUAAAUAUAAAAAAAGAGAAUUAUUUUAAAUUAAAUCGUUUUCUUUCAUGUGUUUUUUUUUCUGUACAUUUUUCAUUAUCUAUAUUAUGUGUGGCAUGUCCAUGUGCAGUUGGUUUGGCUAGUCCUUUAUCGAUAGCUAUAAGUUCUUAUAUAUGUAGUAGUAUUGGAAUAAUUAUAAAGAAUAUUAAUAUUUUUGAAAUUUUCUUAGAAUGUAAGCAUUUUAUAUUUGAUAAAACAGGCACAUUAACAGUAGGAAAACCAGUAGUAAAUAAAAUAUACAUUUCAAAUAAUAUUGAUUUGUUUAUUGAUCAGUUAUUAAAAAAUAAAUCAGGAAAUAAUUUAUCUGUAAGUUUUAAUGAUAAUAAAAAUUCAAAUCUUCCCGCCUUGGAUCGUGUAAAAAAUGAUGAGAAAAAAGCAAAAAAGAUGAAUAAUAAUAUGAAAGAUAAUGUAAAUAAUUUAUAUAGCACAGUUUAUUCCAUAAAUGAUCAACCAUCAAAUGGUUAUCAUAGAUAUGUGAAUAAUUUAGAUGAACAAGUAUUAGAAGGAGACAAAAAUAUGAUGAAAAAUAAUACCCUAAAUUUUGUUGAAAAAUUUUCAUGUUCUAAUAAAAAUGUGAGCUUUUACUCUUUCACUACGGAAAAGGAAUAUUUCAAAAUAGAAAUUAAAAAAACAUCAAGAAAUAAAGAUAAAGUUAAAAAAAAAAAAAAAAGAAAUAUAAAAAAUGAAACAAGAAAUAAUUAUGAUGGAAGUUCUUUAAGUGGAGAUAAAAAUUAUGAAGAUGAUCAAAAUGAUAACAAUGUUUCCAAUAGUUGUAUGAAUGAAAAGAAAUCCAUUUUAAAUAGCAUAGUUUCAUUUAUUACAGACAAUAAUAAAAAAAAUAAAUAUAACAAAAUAUUAGAUAAUACCUUAAAGGAACAUUUUAUUAAUAACUCAGAUAAUUAUUUUUCAUCAAAUGAUGAUUCAUAUUAUAGUGAAACUACUAGUAAUGAAAAUGAAUAUAACAAAUAUAAUAAUAUACGAGGAUCAAAUAAUAUAAUGGAUGGAAAUGAUAAUUUAGAAAAUAUGUCUUCACCUUUAGAAGAAGAAAAUUCAUAUAUGGAAAAAAGUAGUAAUUGGCUAUAUCUCUUUUUAAGUUUAAGUUUAAAUAUUGAAAAAUAUAGUAAUCAUUUAUUUGCUACUUCUAUUAAUACAUAUAUAAAUAAUAAUUUUUCUAUUAAUGAAGUAUUUGAUGUUAAUAAUUUAAAGAAUGAAAAGAAUCAAGGCAUUAGUUGUAUAAUAAAUGAUCUAACAAUAACUAUUGGUACUUUAUUUUUUUGUUAUACUAAAUAUAAAAAUAUAUAUUGUAAUAAAGUACCAAUUGUUGAAGAAAAAUUAACAGUUAAAAGUAUGGAAAGACAUAUAUAUUCAUGUGAUUGUAAUGUUCAUAAAACAUAUCAGUAUUUAUAUAGCUAUUCGAAUAGUAAAAAAAAUGAAAGUAAUAACAUAAUUUUUAUGUGUAUUGAAGGAAUUGUCGUUGGAUUUUAUACUCUAGUAGACAACAUUAAACCUGAGGUUUUUGAGCUAAUCAAUUUCUUGAAGAGAGAGAAGAAAAAGGUAUAUGUCUGUACAGGUGACAAUUAUAUGAAUGCUCUUUAUAUAUCUAAAAUAUUAGGUAUCAGAAAGGAAAACGUAUCUUCUAAUACAUUACCCUUAGAAAAGGUUCAAUUUGUGAAGAAAGUUCAAUCAAUGAAUGACGGAAAAGUUUGUAUGAUUGGAGAUGGAAUAAAUGACUGUUUUGCCUUAAAGACGGCUGACCUAGGUUUAUCCUUAUGUACUAGAACUAAUGUUGUUAUGGAUAGUGCUGAUGCUUGUAUUGUUGAUAAUAAUAUAAAUGUGAUAAUAAAAUUAUUUGAAAUAAGUAGAAAAACCUUAUUAGUAAUAAAAUUUAAUUUCCUCUUUUCUUUUUUUAUUAAUAUAUUUUUUAUAUUAUUGGCUAGUGGAGCUUUUUAUUCUUUGAAUUAUGUUUUUUCUCCUUUCCUUUUUACAUUCCUAAUGUUUUGUAGUUCCAUUAUAGUUAUAUUAUCAUCACUUUCAUUAAAAUUGCUUCUCAAGGAUAUAUGA